AUGACUUUCUUUCUUCUGUUUAUAAUUGUAAUAGAUGUUGGACACUUUGACUCCAAGUAUGUUAUACAGAAACGCAGUGAUUUUUUACAAAAGGCAAAACUAUGUGUUCGAAGAAUUGUGGAGAGGAGGAUAUUUACCAGUGGUAAAGAUGAAAUUGGGUUGAUUGUACUUGGUUCUGACAAGACACAGAAUCCACUUGAUUACCCAAAUGUGAGUGUGGAAUUUCCUCUUGCACUGCCUACAUGGCAGAUGAUAUCCUUUGUGGAGAAAUCUUUACAUGAAAGUGAAAUAAAGGCAGAUUGGAUAGAUGGUGUUGUUGUUGGCAUGCAAGUCUUGAAAGAUGAGCUAGAAUUUGCUGUGUACCAUACAAGGAACUGGUUUCCACUAGUUCACUCGAUCAGCUGCCAAGUUCUCACCUUCCUCCAAAUAAAUUGUGUUGUAAUGCGAGGUUUUAAUGAAGAUGAAGUGUGCAGUUUUGUGGAGUUAACAAAAGAGGAAAAUGUUGAUGUAAGAUUUAUUGAGUACAUGCCUUUCAGCGGCAACAAAUGGAAUGAUGGGAAGAUGGUCUCAUUUAAUGAAAUGCUCCAAAUAAUUAGAAAGCAGUGGCCUAAUUUUGAUCCUCUUCCCAAUGGGCCCAAUGAUACCUCAAAGGCAUACCAUGUCCCGGGCUUCAAGGGAUGCGUGGGAUUUAUUACCUCAAUGAGUGAACACUUCUGUGGCACAUGCAACCAUUUACGGAUAACAGCUGAUGGCAAUUUGGAGGUGUGUCUCUUUGGGAAUUCAGAGAUAUCUCUCAGAGAUGCAAUACGAAGCAAAUGCAGUGAGGAUGACUUGCUUGCCAUGAUUGGGGCAGCAGUGAGAAGAAAGAAGAAACAACAUGCAGGAAAGGAGCAAGAAUUCCUCGGAAGUAAUGGCCGGCAGGAUCGUUUCAAGAAGCGGCAUGGCAUCCAUGAAAUUGCCAUCAGUGCCAAAUCAUUAUCUGGGGAUGAAGCUGCUAUGCUGAUUUUAAGAAGAAACUGCACACAAUCAUUGACAAAGGAGGUUAUACUGGCAAUCAACUUUACAAAUGUGAUGAAAUUGGGUUGA